AUGGUGGAGAUUUCAGAGGGAGAGAAAAAGUCUGUCCUGCUGCCCUUUAAGACCACAGAACAUCUUCCCCAGGACGCCACAGUGGAGUGGAGACUCACUGAACCCAAACACAUGCAGGUUCACGUGUAUGACAGUGGAAAAAAUCAGCCGGACAAACAGGACGAGGUGUACCAAGGCCGCACAGAGAUGAAUGAAGAGCCACUGAGAGAUAAAGACCUCAGUCUGAAACUAAAGGAGCCCCGCAUUACUGACACCGGAGUCUACACCUGCACCGUCAGCAGCAAGGAUGGAAGCCUCCUACUUCAGAAAGUGGUGUCUCUAACUGUCAGAGAGAGCCAGAUGGAGACGGUGGAGGUGACAGAAUGGAACAAGUCUGUCCUGCUGCCCUUUAAAACCAAAGAUGAACUUCCACAGGAUGCCACAGUGGAGUGGAGACGCUCAGACUCCAAACACAGGAAAGUUCACAUGUUUCAGAGCAGCCAGCACCUUUUAGGUGAACAGGACGAGAUUUACAGAGGUCGCACAGAGAUGAACAAAGAGGCACUGAGAAUCGGAGACCUCAGUCUGACCCUGAAAGAACUCGGCAUCACUGACAGCGGAGUCUACACCUGCAUCGUCUCCACGCAUGGAAAAGUCCUGAAACAGAAAGUGGUGGUGCUCAGUGUCAGAGUCUACGAGCUUCAGACAGUGGAGGUGACACCGGGGGUGAAGCGUGUUCUGCUUCCCUUCAAAACCACAGCUGAGCUGCUUGAGGACGUCAGAGUGGAGUGGAGACGUUCAGACCUUGAAGAUGUGAAGGUCCUUGUUUAUGAGAACAGCCAAAACAAGCAUGAAGAGCAACACCAGGGCUACAAAGGCCGCACUGAGAUGAAGGAAGAACUACUGAGAACCGGAGACCUCAGUCUGACCCUGAAUUACCCUCGACUUACUGACAGUGGAGUCUACACCUGCACCGUCUACAAAAACGAUGGCGCCAUCCUGAAACAGAAAGUAGUGAUACUCACUAUCAGAGGCUACAAGGUGGAAAUGGUCGAAGUAACAAAGGGGAAGAAGUCUGUGCUGCUGCCCUUUAAAACCACUCUUGAUCUACCCGAUGAUGUCACAGUCGAGUGGAGGCGUGCCGAAGUCACAGUCCACACCUAUCAGCACGGCCAAAACCAGCUAGAAGAACAGGGACAGGAUUACAGAGGUCGCACAGAGAUGAAUGAAGAGCCACUGAGGACUGGAGACCUCAGUCUGACCCUGAAAGACCCCCAAAACACCCACAGUGGUUUCUACAUGUGCACAGUCUCCCAGGGUGAAGACAUCCUUAGACAGAAAAUUGUGAUGCUUACUGUCAGAGGAAAACAUGGUGCAAGCUUUACAGAGCGGUUUCAAGGCUUCAGAAAUAAGAAAAAAUCCAUGACUGAUGGACCUUCUUCCACUGUCUGGAUCCUUCACUUCCUGUCUGACAGACGCCAAGUGGUCAGACUGGGCAGCAUCACCUCAUCCCCCAUCACACUGAACACUGGUGCUCCACAGGGGUGUGUACUGAGCCCUCUCCUGUACUCACUCUACACCUAUGACUGCAUGGCAACUAGCAACUCCAACAUCAUUGUGAAGUAUGUGGACAACACCACAGUGGUGGGUCUUAUCACCAAAGGUGAUGAAACGGCUUACAGGGAGGAGGUCACUGUUGCCGAGACAACCAUCUUACCCUCAACGAGACUGAAAAGAUUCGGCAUGAGCCCCCACAUCCUCAGGACCUUCUACCGCUGUGCCACUGAGAGCAUCCUCACUGGAUGCAUCACCACCUGA